AUGCCUAGCCCCUCAGCGCCGUCUUCCUAUCCACUUUCUCUUCCAGCGAAGGAACCCCUGCUUACUCUCACAUACCCUGAACAUGGCCUAUGGAUCAUCGAGCUUCAUAACGGCGAUGAUUCGCGUUUGACCGAGCACUUCAUCAGGAAUGCCUUGAGGCCAGCACUCGAUGCAGUCGAGGCCCAUUGGACACAGAACCGCGACUCUGGUCGGUCCUCUAAGGACAAAGAAGCUGGGCGCGGCGCACUCAUCUUCAUCGGGAAGCGCUCACAAGACAAGUUCUUCAGUAACGGAUUUGACUACGAGAGCAUCAAGGCUGACCCCGACUUCUUCACGAACGUCGCCAACCCACUGCUUGACCGUGUACUCACUUUCCCGAUCCCAACUAUUGCCGCCAUCAAUGGGCACGCUUUCGCGGCGGGCAUGAUGUUGGCCCUUGCAUGUGACUACCGCGUCAUGACUGACGGUAGCACGCGUCGGGCAUGGAUGUGCAUGAAUGAGGUCCAAUUCGGCGCGCCAUGGCCUCUCUCUUUUACUGCGGUGCUUAACGCCAAGGUGACUGCUCCUGGCACGCGUCGCAAAGUCGCGUUGGAGGGCCAUCGCUUUACGCCCAGUGAGGCACUCACCGCUCAAAUGGUCGACCACCUGGCGCCCGGCGCAGAGGGAGCCGCGGGUGUCCUCAAGAAAGCUACGGAGCUUGCACGGGAAGUCAGCGCCUUGCCCAAACAGGGCGUAUGGGGCGUGAUCAAAGCCUAUCUGUACCGCGACUGCCUGGACGUGGUUAAUUUAGACGCGUCAAAAGUUCCUUUCCCUUUACCAGGGAGCUUUGGAGGGAGAACAGCCCGGCUGUGA